AUGCCAGCCGACCGCAAGCCCAACGUCCACGCCACCUCGUCAUCGCCCAAGGAGCCCAAGCCGCGCACGCGCAACAGCGAGCAGAAACGCCAGCAGUGGACCCCGGCCGAGGACCGCAUCUUCGCCCAGCUCGUGGCCGACGUCGCGCGCCCGCUCCUCUGGGCGGCGGUGCAGGCUGACGGCCGGCUGGCGCACAAGACGAACGGGAGCAUCCACAGCCAUCUCACGUUGCUUCUCGGGAAGGGCGCGGGCAAGUGA